CGAUUCGAACACCACUAGUGGAUGGUGCGGCAGGAGCAGCAAAGAGAGCGCAGUCUCCGGGAGGGCUUCGGCAGACCGUUAGGCUGUUCACAUCAUCUUCAGACAUGGCAAAGGAAGGGACUGAGAUUGCUGAAGAGACCGAGCAAAUGAUAGACCAGAAGGAGCCGGACAAUCCCGUUCCUGCGGUUGUUGAUUCAAAAGAAAUGCGGGCUGUUGUGCUCACGGGCUUUGGUGGUCUGAACAAACUCAAAGUCACCAAGAAACCAAUGCCAGAUCCUCAAGAAGGAGAAGUCAAAAUUCGCGUGAAAGCAUGUGGACUGAACUUUCUUGAUCUAAUGGUGCGUCAAGGAAAUAUUGAUAAUCCUCCUAAAACACCUCUUGUGCCUGGAUUUGAGUGUUCUGGGAUUGUAGAGAGUGUGGGAGAAAACACCAAAGGCUAUGAGAUAGGUGACAGAGUGAUGGCCUUUGUAAACUACAGUGCUUGGGCAGAGGUGGUGUGCACACCGUUGGAUUUCGUGUAUAAGAUCCCAGACGACAUGACAUUCCCAGAGGCGGCUGCCUUCCUGAUGAACUUUGUGGCUGCCUACAUGAUGCUGUUUGAAGUGGCCAAUCUCCGGGAGGGGAUGUCUGUAUUAGUUCACUCAGCAGGAGGUGCGGUGGGUCAAGCAGUCGCUCAACUUUGUUCCACUGUCCCGAACGUCACUGUGUUUGGAACCGCCUCACCCUUCAAACACGAAGCCAUAAAGCAUUCGGUCACUCAUCUGUUUGACAGAAACAUCGACUACGUUCCAGAAGUUAAGAAGAUAUCUCCAGAUGGAGUAGAUAUUGUACUGGACUGUUUGUGUGGAGAGAACACAGGAAAAGGCCUAACUUUGCUCAAGCCCAUGGGAACGUACAUCCUGUAUGGUUCCUCAAACAUGGUGACAGGAGAGACAAAAAGUUUCUUCAGUUUUGCUAAAUCUUGGUGGCAGGUUGAGAAGGUGAACCCGAUCAAACUCUAUGAGGAGAAUAAAGUCAUAGCCGGAUUCUCGCUCCUGAACCUCCUCUUUAAGCAGGGAGGAUGCAACCAGGUCAAGACGGCAGUGCAAAAACUUCUUUCACUUUACGACCAAAAGAAAAUCAAGCCUGUUGUUGAUUCUCUAUGGGCGCUUGAGGAGGUGAAGGAAGCCAUGCAGAGAAUCCAUGACAGAGGAAACAUCGGGAAGCUCAUUUUGGACGUGGAAAAGUCUCCCACGCCUUUGAUGGCCAAUGACAGCACAGAGACCAGUGAGGCAGGUGAGGAGGAAGAGGAGCAGGAGGGAGACAAUGACAACAAAGAGCGAAUGCCUUUCAUUCAGUGAAUCCAGACUCAACCAGAGACUAUAUGAACCUGAGCUAAGCUCCGUGUCAUUGUGAAACGUACGUGUGUGUGAUGUGUUCGCCCUGUUGUUUGUCUGUAUCCUUGCCGGUUUUGGACAAUGCAGUCAAAAAUACUCCAAAACACUAAGUGUGGUGUUAAAUGUUUGACUGAAGUGCCAUUCUUAGUGCAGUGUUGAACUGUUGCAGUAUUUUAGACCAAAACGUUAUUGUACGAUUGCCUUUUCGUGACAAAAAAAAAGCCUUUCGGAUAUUUUAUUUGGCCCCGUCAGUCAGUGGAUUGACAGAUGACUGCAGUCAAAGUCCAAAAUUAACAUUGCCAAGAGAUAAAUGGAAGUCAAAAUUGGUUUUGGCAAGUAAAUUAAACUCAGCAGUGGCUGGAAACUUUUUAAAGCACUGCAAUUUAAUGAACUGCGUAAGAUCCAACAGCAGGAUAUAAAUAACUAAACUUUCAUUGACUUUUACCUCAGUAGACAACAUUAACCAGUAAAUGUUUAUCAAGGAAAAGUUCUUUGUUUCUCCAGAACUCUGUGUCAUGACUUGUUCCAAACCUGUGUGACUUUUUCCUGUGGUAUGGUAUCGAUGUCUGAUGAAGGCCUUGUAGGCAGAAACAUCUCUGUUUCUAAAGAAAUAAAGUCUAUGUUUGCAGAGUAAGUGUUGCUCCUUUCUUCUAAAGUUUGAGAUCUGGAUUUUUUGGUUGAGUUGGUCGAGCAUCUGCAUUUUAUUUGUCUAUUUUGAAGCAUGUUGGUAACCAUUGACUUCCAUUCUAAAAACAAAAUAAUCACUGAGACAUCUCUCAGAAUAAAGAAAGUCGUACAGGUUUGGAACAACAUGACGGUGAGUAAAUGAUGACAGAAUUACAUUUUUUUUGGUGAACUGUCCCUUUAAGGUUAGUGGACAGCGUUUAUGGCAUAAUAUUGAUUAUAACAAAAAAAAAAGGUUCUAAAUUUAUGUGUUAAUCAACACCGAACCUGGAUUACGUUAGUUGAAAGUUAGUUGAAAAAAAUAUGAUUUUCUGAAAAUGAUGGAUUGAGUAAACUACGUAAUCCAUAAGGACUACAUUUUAUUUUUACAAUAGUUAUUUUCAAUCAUAUAUAUAAAAUAUAAUACUAUAAAUGAUCUCAAUACAUGUGUAGGUGUGGCAAAUUAAUUUUGGACACUGGUUGCAGUGCUUCUGGUGCAUUUGGGUGUGUAUGUGUGAAGUGUUUUCUGACAGUUCUGGAGGUGAGUGAGAGUGUGAGACUGUGUUUAUGACUGAAACCGGUGAAGAAAGGUAAAAACAGAAUUCAGCUGGAGCUUCGUGUUGUCAUGUGGGUGAUUGUUUGGGUCACACAUUUUUAGUGUGGCGCUUUUUCUGCUCAGAGCAUUUGUGUUACCUUGGUACAUCUCAGAUCACAUUAUUUGAGCCACUCAUAUUUUGAGUUGUUAUGAUCAGCUACAACUGUAUAUAUAAUAUAGCCCUUAUGGUAUUGUCCACCCUUCUUAAAGAAAGAGUUCACUUUAAAAUUUCUAAAAUUCUGUCAUCAUUUGCUCACCCUCAAGUCAUUCCACACCUCUGUGGUUUUCUUUCUUCUAUAAAACAUAAAAGGAGAUAUUUUGCAGAUUGUUCAUGUUGCUCUUAUCCAUACAAUUUUCACCCAGGGGGUAAGUAAACUAUGACACAAAUUCUGUUUUGGAUGAUCUGCCCCCAGUAAAUCACAAGUAAACGUUCUGUUAUGGUCAAAGUCAAGCAUCAUCUUUAUCAUUCUAAACAACAACAACAAAAUUAUUCUUAGUGCCUUUUGUUGCAUAUCUGCACUGAGGACUAGAAGGCUUGUCAGUGUUUUUCUUUUUGUAUUUCAUAGAGAUUAAACACUUUAAUGUCAAGGAUAUUUAAUGAUGUAAAAUCUUUUCUGGCCUACAUAUACCUCAGAACUGAAAACUGUGGUUGUGUUCUCAAGUGGUACUAGUUGUGACUAUGUGAUGGUGUUUGCGUGCGCUAUGUUUUCCCCACAAGUUAGUGUUUUUAUUAACUUCUUCCUAAAUAAUUAAACUAGUUGGCUUUUUAGAGAAAGAAUACAAAAACAGACAGUCUAAUAGUGAUUGAUCAUGGCUUGUGCUCAUCAUUGUUCCUCCUUUUAGAGUUGUUUCCUUACAUUAAAAGAAUAGUUCACCAAAAAUGAAAAUUUGCUUAUAACACCCUCCAAGAUGUAGAUGUGUUUAUUUCUUCUACAUAGCAGAAUUGGAGAAAUGUAACAGUACAUCAGUUGCUCACCAAUGGAUCUUAUGCAGUGAAUGGGUGCCGUCAGAAUGAGAGUCCCAACAGCUGACAGCUGACAGUUGACAUCACAGUAAUCCACAAGUAAUCCACACCACUUCAGUACAAAAAAAAAAAAAAAAAAAGAAAAAAAAAACCGCUGCUGGUUUUAACUUUAAACUAUCACUUCUAUGUAAAAUAUUGAAAAAAUGCACAAUGGCCAACUUUCAUUUGAGAAAGCAAUAUUAUGGAAAGAGGACUUGUAUUUUAGCUGGAAACACCUUAAAGCAGAAGUUCACUUCCAGAACAAAAAUUUACAGAUAAUUUGCUCACUCUCUUGUCAUGACGUUCAUGUUUUUAUUUCUUCAGUUGUAAAGAAAUUAUGGUUCUUGAGGAAAGCAUUUUAGGAAUGUUCUCCAUAUAGUGGACGUCAACGGUGCCUGUGAGUUUGAAUUUCCAAAAUGUGUUUUAAAUGCAGCUUCAAAGGGCUCUAAACUAUUCCAGCUGAGGAAGAAGGGUCUUAUCUAGCAAAACAACUGGUUAUUAUUAUUAUUUUUUUAAACUGACAAUUUCUGUACUUUUUAACUUCAAAUGCUCUGCGUUAACUCUGAGUGUAUUCUGGUUCAAGACAGUUAGGGCAGGUCGAAAAACUCACAUCUCAUUUUCUCCUCCAACUUCAAAAUCGUCGUUCAUCGCUGUGGAAUACUGACCCAGUGAUGAAAAAGUGAACGUGCAAAGAAGGUCAAACGCCCUUUUCCUCAAAAAACAUAAUUUUUUUUUACGACUGAUGAAAGAAAGACAUGAACAUCUUGGAUGACAAGGUGGUAAGUAAAUUAGCUGUUAAUUUUUGUUCUGGAAGUGAACUCUUUUAACACCUUAAUGAUGGAUUUGUUUCUUACAAACAUGCUUUUUUCUUCACAAGAUAUUAAUUGAUGGACUGGAGUGGUGUGGAUUACUUGUGGAUUAUUGUGAUGUUUUUAUCACCUGUUUGAACUCUCAUUCUGACGGCACCCAUUCACUGCAGAGAAUCCACUGGUGAGCAAGUGACAUAAUGCAAAUUUCUCCCAAAAUCUGUUUAGAAGAAAAAAAAAAACAAACUCAGUACAUUUUCAACACAGUUUAAUUUUUGGGUGAACUAUUUCUUUAAGCAAGAAAGGAAAGACAUAUACAUAAGCAAAAAUGACCUCAAACCUAUUCAUCCUGUUUCUAAUUGGGCCCACAAUUGUAGUAUUUUUCCCCUUGUUUCCUAAUUGUAUAUUAAAUGAAAUGUGACGGCAUCUUUCCACAUGUUCUUGUUUAUUCUGGGUUAGAGUUGUUCGAGAUUUCUUUAAAGACUUGCCUUAAAUUUAAAGUAUUACAUUUCUGAUGUGUUACUCCAGAUCAAGACACACUAAAGCAUAUUGUUGCUGUGUUGUUUUAGUUUGUAGACGUGCUUUUAUGUUGUGGUAGUUUGCAAACACAUGAAAUGUGAAUAAAAUGUUGUGCAGAGCAAUUCUGUGGAGUGUGAUUUGGUCUUUAUGCCAUUGAAAGGCUGUUCUGCACAUCAACCUAAUAACAUUUCACAUGGCUCCUGCCUGAUUUUUUGCAGCAGGUAACACUGAUUGAGACAUGACAGACACAAAUGUUAGAUUUUUUCUCAGUAAGGUCACUCACAAAUGGCACUGAGAAAAUUAAAAAAGCAUCGCUUUGCUCUUUUCAGUUGAAAAUUUUGCGGUCACUGGCCUUUUCACGGUUUUGUUAUUCAGAAAUCUGAAAUAUGACUGUGAUAAAAAUGUGUUUGACCUUUCCCACGGAUGUCGUACCAUCACCGCAGUAAUGGAAAUAUUUGCCAGAAUAAUUAAGUUUUCCACAUAUAUUGAUCUAUCUGAAAAAGUACUUUUUGACAACCAGUGAACAAAUAUCUACAAGAUAUGUGUUAUUUAGUUUUUAUUUUCAUUGUGCACAAAAAGUACUCUUGUAGCUUCAUAAAAUUUUGGUUGAACUACUGAUGUCAUAUGGACUAUUUUAACAAUGUUGUUACUGCCUUUCUGUGCUUUGAACGUGUCAGUUGCAUUGCUGGAGGGUCAGAAAGCUCUUGAAUUUCAUCAAAAAUACCUUAAUUUGUGUUUUGAAGAUGAACGAAGGUCUCACAGGUUUGAAACGUCAUGAGGGUGAGUAAUUAAUGACAGAAUUUUCAUUUUUGGAUGAACUAAACAUCAUUAACUAAUAAGCCCUUAUUGUGAAGUGUUACCUGAAAUUUAAAUAAUUAUGGACUGAAAAUUUUGACAUCCUCAAAUCUCAGCAUAAGAGUUCAUAAAAGAAGUACUGCUAUUUAUGAAUGAUUUUUUCCUUUAAAGGGAUCAUGGGAUGCAAAGUUCACUUCGAACAUUAAUGUGUGUUGCAGUGUAUGUACAAAUCUACCCUAUAAUGAUAAAAAUCCAUGCAGUGGUUUUUAAUUAAUCUGUAAAAAUAAUAUCCCCUUUUUCAAAUCGAGUUAUUCUCAGAUGCCUGCCGGUGUGGCAUCACACCAACCCUCUAGAGAGGGGCGGGGCGAGCAGAGCUCAUUUGCAUUUAAAGGAACAAUUCCUCAGAAUGGGAUGAUGUUUGCAGAGCUGAUUUUGACAAGGUAAAAAGGGUGUUGUUUUACACAACCAUUGAGAUUUAUAACCAAAGUAUAUUAUAGACUUUUCAUUAAAGCCCUAAAGAAUCAUAUCAACUUGUGUAAAAUGGGCAUCCGAUGACCCCUUUAAAUUUAAUCUUUUCAAUAAACAAGUUCAUAAUUUUGUGUCCUUUCGGCAGUUUGAAAGCUUCAGUUCCUAUUUUAUUUGUAAUUGCAUGGAAAAUGCAUGCAGGACAUUGAAAAUGUUAAUAUAUCUUCAUGAUAUAUCUUCAAGAAAUGUACAAACGUAUCUGUCAAAAUCUUUUUCUUUUUAAAAAGAGAAGGAGUCUAGAUGAUCUGCAGGGCACAUGUCAUGUGUUUCAAAGACACGCAGUA